AUGUCUACCGCCGAGCUCGCUUCCUCCUACGCUGCCCUCAUCCUGGCCGAUGAAGGUAUUGAGAUCACCGCCGACAAGCUCAGCACCAUCAUCUCCGCCGCCAAGCUCGAGGUUGAGCCCAUCUGGACUCAGCUCUUCGCCAAGGCUCUCGAGGGCAAGGACGUCAAGGAGCUCCUCCUGAACGUCGGCUCCGGCUCUGGUGCCGCCGCCGCCCCCGCUGCUGGUGCUUCCGCUGGUGGUGCCGCCGCUGAGGACGCCCCGCCGAGGAGAAGGCCGAGGAGAAGGAGGAGUCUGACGACGACAUGGGCUUCGGUCUCUUCGACUAAGCGUCUCGUCCCCUCUUCGCUUCACCCUCACCUUCAAAAAUACCUCCUCCGUGUAUCUUCAAGCGUGGUGGAAUCGCUCAGGCUAUUGGGAACAGUUUACGGCUCCGGAGGAUCAUGCACUUCUCUGCUGCUUCUCGUCGGUUCGCCCGCGCGGCUUUUUUUCUGCUCGCCUUUUCUGUAG